GAGCAAUUGAAUUAUUUAUUGCUCACACGUCCUACGCGUUACACGCAGACUUCGAGUUUCCGCCCCUCUUUGGCUCGCUUGCUUUCCCACUUCCAUGUGAAAAAGCCCCCCGACAGCACUCCUGGAUGUCUCACACUCGUAAACUAUCGCCCCUUGCCCACGAACGCACAACAACCCUCGGAUCUGUAACCGCAACUGCAACAGCAAAAGGAAGUAUCCACCGGGAGCCGCUAGAAUGACCGCUUCUGCAACCUCCGAGAACACGGCCGCCGUGGGCAUCGAGACCAACGCGACUAUCCGGGCUUACAACGCCCUCAUCGGGGAUAAAGUAGCGAAACGACCAGUCGUGCGGAGGACCAAAUAUGAGUUCGUCCCCACCCUCGGAAAAGAUAAAACUCCCGUCGCGGUGUACUCGUAUAAUUGCUUGGAGAGCUUGUACAGGAAGAGCCCGCCGGUGUUUCCUACAUCGGCCAGAGGCUUGUUCGUAGUUGAGAAGGGCCGAGAGGGCAGCAACGAGUGGAAGAUUGUACUUCGCGGAUAUGAUAAGUUUUUCAAUGUCAAUGAGAUCCCAGCAACUACAUGGUCACAUCUAGAAAAGGAGACCCAGGGUCCCUACGAAGCCACUUUGAAGGAGAAUGGGUGCAUCAUCUUUGCUGGAGCACUGAACGGCGACUUGAUCGUUUCAUCAAAGCAUGCACUCAAGUCUGUCCGGACCCCGGGCUCGGAUGCAGCCGACGAGAAGCCUGCGCACGCUGAGAAAGGGGAGGAGUGGGUGAUCAAGCAUCUCAAAGCAGCCGGAAAGACGCGUCAAGACUUUGUCAAGUUCUUGGAAGCAAAUGAUGUUACUGCGGUCUUUGAGCUGGCCGAUGACGAUUUUGAGGAGCACAUCCUAGAGUACCCACCAGACAGACGCGGACUGUACUUGCAUGGCAUCAACGAAAACACAUCAACCUUCAAAACGUGGAAGAGCGAAAGACUAGCCCCUGUUAUCCGCGAAUUUGGCUUUCGUCCGGUGGAGGUGAAGGUGUUUGAUAGAAUUGAAGAUGUGCGCGAGUUCACCGAUUCCUGCCGGACUACGGGCUCAUACAUGGGCCGGGCCAUCGAAGGAUUCGUCGUCCGUUGCCGAACAGUCGGGCCCGAACCCUCGAUCUACUUCUUCAAGAUCAAGUACGACGAGCCGUACCUUAUGUUCCGCGAGUGGCGGGAAUUGACGAACCGGGCCUUGACCGGGAAGGAAUUCAAGUUCAAACCACGAUAUGAGCUCACGCACAGCUACAAGGCAUGGGUGGUCCGGAAGAUUGCGGAAUCGCCAGAGUUCUUUGCCGAAUACAAGAAGCAGAAGGGGAUCAUCGCUGCUCGGAACUUGUUCUUGAAUGACGUGGGGCUUGACACCGUCGGUGAUCAUAUUGUUGCCGAGGCGCGCCGGACGACUGCGGAGUUUGCGAGUGGGGAGGCCACUAUGAAGACCGAGGAGGAAAUUGAAGAGGAGGAGUCCAAGCAGGUUUAUACGGGUGGUAGGAAGGACAAGAAACAUAAUGGGAAGCCGGCUCCACAAUCAACGUCCGACGAAAAACCAGUCCGAGCAGAAACCGGGACUGCCGUCAAGACGCUCAUAAUCCCCAUCGCCACAAUCGGGGUCGGAAAGACCCUCCUCGGACGCAUGCUGACACAGCUCUACCCGCGCCAAUUCGGGCACGUUCAAAACGACAACAUCACCGCCAAGCGGGCGCCCGCGAUGUAUGAGAAAUCGGUUCUCGGGAGCUUUGGGGGCGGCUCGGAGUAUGUUUACGCCGACAAGAAUCACCAUAUGUUCAUGCAUCGGGCGGGCAUCACCAAUGCGUUCAAGGAUCGGUAUCCGAGCGGGAAAGUAGUUGCGCUGGACUGGCAGGUGGAGAAGCUGGUUAGGGAGAAGGGUGCGGAGAAGGUCGUUGAGAUAACGGCGGAACGAGUUGAACAACGAGGCGAAAACCACCAAUCCCUAACACCCCAACGAACAGCCAACUUCCGCAGCGUAAUCCGCAACUUCACCCGCAACCGCAACGCCCUCGACCGUAACGUCAAAGCCGACUCCCUAAUCGACCAAAUCGUUCCCCUCAACAUCCUCGACACACCAACACAAACACUUCAAAAAGUCAUCACCGCCCUAAACCUAUCCCCACCAUCCGACGCCGCAAUCCAAAAAGCCCUAGCAGCCGCCACAGACUACAAAGAAACGGUCGUCAAAACCGUCAAGGACACCAGCAACAAGCGGAGAAUCAGAUACUAUGGAAUCAAGCUGGACACGUCCUCCUGCGAUAUGUCCGCGGUCCUCACAUCCCUCUUUGCAAAACAACCACCAGCGACGCAACAGAUGUGGACACGGUUGAAUGAGAACCACCGGUUGGCGAAGAAAACAGGGUUUCACGUCACGCUCUGCAUGGUCCGCAAGGAAGCCGAGUCGGCGGAUGACAAAAAGGCCGCCGAGUUGAGCGAACGGUACGCGGCGCGGAUCGCGGAUCAUGUGAAAGCGCAUCCUGAUGCCGAGGGCGGUGAGCAGACGGGGCCUGGGGUGCCGGUGACGGUGACGUUAUCGGAAGUGGUGUGGGAUGAGAGGGUUAUGGCCGUGGUUGUGGAUAAGCUGCCGGAUGGGGUUCAGUCGGUGAAUAAGGUGCCGCAUGUGACGGUGGCGACGGCGUCGGAGGAGAUAAAGCCGUAUAUUAGUAAUGAGGUGCUUGCGGUGGCGUUCAAGAAGGGUAACGAAGGCAAGGGGAAAGAGGAGGCGGCAUCAGCACCUGUGCGGAGAUUGUCGUUUGACGCCCCGAUCCAAGUUACCGGCGUUCUCUGUGGAUUCUACCACUGAACGGAAAGGGCACUAGCGUAGUCCCCCGUAAUUUACUCAUCUCCGGACGUAGUGAUAGAUUGCUCGACGUAAUCUUAGAUUCACACGAGGGAAUACGGAUUCUCUCCGAAUAUGUGAAACCGUGAUUGCGAAACAAGUCCAGGCAGGCAUCACAUACUUAGGGCGGCAGAAACAAAAACUCUUGAUCAGAUUGAUCGGUAUACAGAAAGCAUGUGGAUGG